AUAUAAUCUAGAAGUGCUGAAAGAAGGAGUCUCAUACGAUGCUACAAAUUGAAAGAUCAGUCUAUGCUAGUGUUGCCAUUUUAUACAUCAUAUUACCACAGAUGAUUUCUGCGAAUAUGGGCACUGUUUAUUUAGCGUCUAAUGGACCAAAAGGAAAACCAAAAUUGUCAACAUUAUGGAUUUUGCAAGAAAGAACUGAUCAGUUAGUUUUUACAUGGACAUCUUUUGCUUUCAUUAAAUUUGAUUAUCUGGAAAUCGAGUUAAGCAGACAAUCAAUCUCAGAAAAAAUGAAUAAGGUGGCAACAUUUUCACUUUUCAAUGCUAUUGGAUCAUCAUGUGUAGAUGAGAAAUAUAAAGUGCAGGCAUCAGAGAUAUCUUUGUCAGUGCUGACUUCAGAGAAAGAAAAACGAUAUUUAACUUACAAACGAGUACCUAGAAUUUCAAAAGCCAAUCUAUCAGUAAGGAAUGAAAGAAUGGCCCAGGUGCAGUGGCAAUUGGAGGAUAAACCAUGUGGUAAAAAAGAUGUCGUACUGAUCUUUAAAAAAACUUCAACUGGAUCAUUUGAAAUGCAUAUAUCAUCCACCAAUGUCUCAAAUUAUUUAUUCAAUAAAGGUGUUGAAGACAAAGAACAAGAAGUAUUUUUAACUGUCUUCCACAAAAACUCAUUUGCUUUGCCACUACUAGUAACUGCAGCAUCGAAUCAAGAAAAGUCGACAGGGGAACCACACGUGGAAGAGAGACGCAUUACAAAAGCUUUCGAUUUGGAAAUCCCCUGGAAAGCAGUAUUGGUCGGGGCAACUUUUGUGGUUCUCGGUUUAUGCGUCUGUAGAGUCUUUUAUAGUUUCAUCAAAGGUUGAUAUAUAUACGUGUCAAGCAUCUUAAAACACACAAAGUUUUGUAACUAAUCAAUUACUGACUUCUUCUUUUGUAUAAAACAAUCACAGUGUACUCACCCAUAAUUUUUUUCGCUCAAUUUUUAUUAUUUACAAAUAUGUUUUUUUGUUGAGAAAAUGUACAAAGUUUUCUCCUUUCUGUAAGACAUUUAAUUCUUACAGAAUCUGUGUAUAAAUAUCACUGUAUUAUUGCAGUAAAUGUUCACAAACAAAUCAACAUUCGCUGUGAAUAGUAAUGCAUUUAUUUGACGUUUAUAAUUCUAUUUUUCUACGAAAUUUUUGGAAUAUGAAAAAUUGUGCUUUAGAAAGUAAAUCAAAAUUAUGAAUAUGUUGACUGACGCAUGAUAUCAACAGGAGACACAGAAUGCUUUUCAUAUAAUCAGAAGACAAGAAUUGUAACCUCUGAUUGUGUAGAUCUCAUUGGAUGUCGAUAAAGGAGAAUGACUAUUUGAAGCAUCUUAAGUGAACCUAUAGAUGGAGGCUACAGUGGUUAUGGUGAUCCAAUCAGGUGGUAUUACUUUAUCCAGUAGGACAAGUAUGGUGUGUGUAGACUACUGAAAAGCAUAUGUUUAAGUUGUGUAUAGUGCAACUUAGUUUCACAGAAGUGACAUGAACAGAUUGAUCAAAGUUGUGACAAUAAAAGGAGGAAGAAAUUAAAAGCUUAGAUACUCUUUUCAAAAUGAAAUUUACCUAUACAGUGGUAAAAUUACAUUUUUAAAAAGUGUGAAUUAUUUUGUGAAGAACUAAUUUUCUUACUACUCAAUUUUCUAUUGAUUUAAUCUAAUAAAACGCGUGUUAUAACAUAUUCCAUUAAACGAUUUAUGAAUUUG